AUACGCGCCGGUCGAACAGUAGAAAAAUCUAUUUUUCCCAAACGUGAAACAAACAAACACACGAAAAGAAAAUGAACCAACGCCAAAAAAAUUCACCGGGAAGGAAAUUUGCUCUCGACCAGAAGGGAUGAACGACAAGAAGAAUAUUCUUUGCUAUAGUUGAUCAAGGCCCGAGGAACCAACUCAAUAGAAGCAGAAGUCGUGAUACAACUCCACCAAACACUAGUMGGAAAGUAUUGUACAGAGCAGAACAAUAGAGAUCUAGGUCACCCAAUAUUACACAACACAAAUAAAAAUAAAUCGAAGCUUUGUACCGAAGGAAUCAAUCGUGCAAAAAGCUCACAUAACUUUGCAAACAGGAAGAAGUAUUUGAUGACAUCGAUUUCAUAAUGAUUGAUAGAUUGCGAAGACAURGGAGCAGUUGGUUUGGYUCUGAAAGAGGACGAUGGGUUGUAAUGUCAUGUACAUUCGUUGGGGUUUCUUUCUAUAUUCUCUCUUUCGGCAACUGCAUAAAAAUAGAAGGACGACUUGAGAAAAGGCCAGUACGCGAUCCAAAUCUGCAUACCAUACAUCAUCAUGAACAACAACGGCGGCAGCAGCAAAGGCGAAAUCUGCAGAUUGGAGGGUUCAGUAGCAUUGACUUUGAUUUGGAUCUGAAUGAGAUCAAUAAUCGCUCAAAGUCUAGACAACCUCAGAGUCGGCAGAGUCAGACAGAGGCUCCAGGGAACAAACCAGAUGGYCGAUUUAUUCAAAGACAGAAACGUUCAGAYGAUAAUUAUGAUACAGGAGGUGAAARCAAUAUAUCGCCRAAAGUUGUACCAACGCCCAAACCCCCUGUAACUCCGGACGUUAUUGAGUUCAAYGAUGAUGAUUAUGACGUGGUUGUUCUAGACGACAUGGUGGAAUGGGAUUACACAGAGGACGAACCCGGGCCCAUUGACAAYUUGAUUAAUAGACCUACAYUUGCUCCUACAACGAAGGCACAAAUUCUGAACGAUGUUGAUGACGAUGACUACACGGCAGUUGUAAUUGAGGACGAUGUUCCAUGGGACGAUGUCGUUGUAAAAGAGACUGCCAAAGAUGCUUUUGAUGCCAUCGAAGCCAUUGAGAAUAUCGAAGUAGAUGUAGAUUUUGAUGCUAACUCAAACACUUCGAACGAUGACUUUGACUAUGAAACGGAAGAACCAACUAUUACCCCCCGCCCAUCUAACUCGUUCCGGCCCACGCSGUUGGCCUCUACAAUGCCUACAAACGAACCAACCACAAAAUCUUCUCAGACUCCCUCUGUUCAACCUUCUAGUUAUCCAUCCUUCCUCCCGACUAAUCAUCCCUCAAUGGUCCCUUCUAUAUCUCCUACGAACUCAUGCUACGAUGAUGUGACCUAUCGGAGCCCAAUCAAUGGAUUAAGCUGCUCUCAACAUCAUGGAACAAACUGUCUAAAUUGGAGGUUUAUUGGCCUUAACAUGACUGAGCUAGACGAACUUGUUGGGGCUUGUCCUGAAACUUGCAAUAUUGAUUGUGGGAGUUUCGAUCUUUUUAUGGCAUCCGUUACCUUUCGGAUAUCUAGAGUUUCCGGAUUUAUGGGCCCGGAGGUGAUCGAUGAUUUUUUGAUGUUUUCAAUUAAUCAUCUAGAAAGCUAUGUUCGAAAUAUCGGCUGGAAUGUGAACAGCGACGAGGUCAGCAGGAGCAAUGAUUUGCUUAUAGAGAGCUCGAAUCCAGAUGGCUGUUGUCAGGAAGAUGACUUCUUCAAAGAUGAUGUCGUGGAUGGGCGCCCUGUUGUUUUUGAAAUUGAGGAUGCUGAGCUCACAAGACAAGACCUUGUCGAAGAUCCUACUGGAAGGUUUGAGAAUUCACGUGAAGAUCAUCGUUCAGAGCUAAGUCACAAUAGCAAUGAUGGUGGUGCCUUCCGAAAACAUAGAGCAUUGCGCAUGAGAGGUCUCAACGAUCUCCAGCGGACAAAGCAAAAACCGGGUGGUGAAAGCAUUCUCAAAACGGACGAAGCACUUGACGUUAAUGUUAAAUUUGAGGGAUUUACAAUCGGCAUGAAUCCCGAAAGUAUGUCUGAACUAUUGGUCCUUGGAAUCGAUGAUGUUGACUUUACUCGAAAGCUUCAGAAAUCGGGAAUCGAUUUCUUUUCCGACGCCACUGUGUCGUCUGCGAUGGAAACCGAAGAAGACGACCUUCCGUUCGAAGAGAAUUUUACGGAGGARGAAAAUAGAAGCAACUCAACGUUCACAGUCGUCAUAUCAUACAUGGUUCCAAUUGUAGUGAUCGGUUUUGCCUUGGGGUCUGUUUUUUAUCACAGAUGCUACAAGAAAGGGCAAACGACUACCUAUCAGGACCGUCACCAUCAACGUCACACAGAGCGAGCCCAAUUCGGUGGUAUGUCUGCCACACCAAUCGCAGUAGGCAUUGAUAAUAGUGACAACAGCAACAGCAACAGCAUUAUUGGGAGCAGUGAAAGUGACGGGCGGUUUUUUAGUUCGAAUCGUCAGACCUCAAGUGUGGAUUGCGGUAUCAAUGCGAAGGAAGGAGACAAGCAAUCCGCUUUUUCAAAACUAAUUUCGACCUUAAAUUUGAACCUCACGCUCACCAAGAGUAAGAACUCGACGGAUGAAGAUGCAGACGAUACAGAAGAGAUUCCAAAUCCAGAUGAUGGUACUAGUAGAAGCAGCAGCAGUGAUGAACCGGAGGCAAAGCAACGAAGAGAAAUUCCAGUGAUUGGAAGUCCUCUUGUCUCGCCAAUGAGCGACGGAUCAGAAGGGAAGGAAUCUAGUUCUGAGAAUAAAGAGGCUUUCGAAACCUUCGAAAAUAUUCUUCCACCAAUGAUUGUCAUUGAUAACAUCGAUGUUCCGGAUUCAGAAGCCGUAACCCCAGUAAUGAGUGCAACAAAUGCUUCAGGUCGAGGAUUAGUCAAGGACACUUCUUUUCGUUCCUCAGGCUCACAAAUGGAGGAACUCGACRCAUUUGCCUCGGAAUUUCGAAAGCAAUUACUAACAAAAUCAGACCAGGCAGUUCACUCUAGGCAUCAUUCCUUCACCGGGAAAUUGUAUAAUGGCUAUUCGAAUUCUUCAACCGAUUUAAGGUCAGACCAAGCGAAUAUUUUUGGCUCGAAUCGGUAUGUCGGAGAUGAAGAUGAAGAUGAUGAUCAACAAAUCAUCGACACUGUGAGCGAGGACUGGGAUGGGGAUGAUCUUUACCCUCCGAUCCCCUCCAAUAUCACAGCCGAAGGUGACGGGAAUAACCAAGCAGGUUUAGAUGAUGAAUUUGAUCGAGAUCAAGCUGCUUCGAAGUCCAURUGGACCAGUUCUCCCAUAAACCUUUCUAAAAAACGAGCAUACGGAACAUGGGAUGGAAAUCCUUCAUCGUCUUCUGACAUGCCUGAUGCAGAUACCGAUUUGUCCACCUCAUCAAUACCAGAAGCUUUGCAUCGAAGCGUAAAACCUGAAAUUCUACCUCGGAGACGAAGUUCGCUUCCUCCAAAACGACCACCCACACCCGAAAGAGGCAACAACACUCGGAAAAAUGCCGGUGGUGGAAAUAUAAAUGAAAAAAGUCCUGUUGGCAAAAAUUCAGCCUUUUCUUUCACUCCCAUAGCAAGAGCAUUUGUGGGUAGUGGCAACAGCACUGACUCCGGUGGACACAGACGCAAAUCUUCCGCUGAUACAAAUGACGACCUUCAUUUGGUAAAAAACAGCAGCAGUUUGUCGGCACUUUCCUCAGAUGACGCAAACACGAGCACUAAAAGCAAUAACUCRAGCAAUAAAGAUAACAGAGCCGCCCGGCUCGAAUUUGAAGCUCCACGACAGGGGAAUUGGGGACUUGUGCUUGAGUCAAGCUCUAAGACGGGGCCGAGAAUUUAUGCUGUGAAAGACUAUUCUCCUCUUUUUGGACUGAUACAAAAAGGAGAUAAACUGCUCGAGAUCGACGGYAAAAAUGUCACCCAGAGCAAUCUCACUGAGGUGACAAAAAUUCUGAAAGGGAAAUCUUCUUCGUACCAAUAUCACCGAACCUCAAGCACAAGCAUGCCGAUUGUAGUUUCUAGACACCCAUCGUCCAACGACGAAUCACGUUCUGCCGAACCUCCUGUUAUUGGGUCAUUCGCUUACAAUACGUCCUUUAGUAGCGACGACCACACCGCUUACAACCAGGAUCAAAAUAGUAAGUAUGGCAGUUGGGGCAGCAUGGGAUCAAGAGUGUUGGAGKAUAUUGACGAGGACCAUUACAAUGUAAUAAAUGAUGUGGAUCAGGACCAGCUGCAGCAAAUGUUAUUCCAACAUCACCUUCCAUACGACAGUGACAACGAAAUAUAAUGGUGGAUAGUACGCUUUAGUACAAAAAAAUACGCGGAGAGCUGUGCAUUGCUUAUCUUUGCAAUAGCAUUCAGAAGUCGCACAGAUCAAAUAAAAUAACAAGACUUGAUUGAAUGCUUUUUCGAACGAGGCCGUAUCCAAUUACUAGUAUUACGCUAUCUUUCUACAUUGU